ACCAAUCUGUGGCAUAGAUCUAAUCCCCGCCUAUUUCACAUCCCGUGGGGCGCUGGAAUGCUGACGUCACUGUCAGCUGUCCUUACACAGCAAUCAAUGUUCUCGUGCCGGUAGGACAUGCAGUUAGUCAGGGGCCCGUCCCAAUAAUACAGUAUAUUAAGUGAACUUACAGUCGUACAAUGUAUUGACUACAAAUAUCGACUGAGUUUCAGGGUGGAUACUUUGCAAACAGCACUUCUGGAUUCCCACGCCCAGUGGUGUUCUCCUUUAAUCGGAUGAAAUUGUCCACGCAGCCCUUCAAAUAAGAUCUGUCCCCACAUCCAUGGUGGAGCAGUUAGCUGAUGGAAAGAAGCUCAUUCAAACAGCUCAACAUGGUCUCCAGGCUACCCAAGUUUGCUCCUCGCCCCUCGAGCACCACCGUAUCCUCCCUUCCUCAAAGAUCUGCCCUUCCCCUCUUCACUAUGGCCUGCAAAGGUGCCCAGAUAAGAGGGCACAACAGUUUGACACAUGUGCCACAAAAAUGUGAAGAGGGAAACAAACUUCCGCACACUGACAGCUUGGAAGAGAAGACUAGUGUACCCAUAUGCUCACAGCCCGCUGUUAUGCCGAUUAAAACAUCAGCCCCUGUUAAACUUAAGAGUGUUGUCCAGAAUGCACAGAGUGGUAGUACCAGAACUUUGACCCAGCCCAACAAAACCUAUCCCCACAUGACUUCUGCCAAACGCCUCUCCCCAGAGCAACCUCUCUAUCAGAACGGAGUCAGUGGUGGUAACGAGCGUUAUGAGUCUGGCUCAUCAGGGCCUGGUCUGCAUAGUUUAUCCCAACAAAGAACUUUGGAGAACCCACUGUCCUUAUCCAAUGACAGCCUCAAGUCAGCCUUCAAAGAGAACAUAGUGCGCUCUCAGAGUUUCUCCAAUGCCAAUAGGGCAGCAUCCCCCACCGAUCCACCCAUGACUCGUUCCUUCUCGUUUAACAAAGCUACAGAGCUUGCUAAAGAGCUACCCAGACCUUUAGCACAAUCCCCAGUGGCUAGGUCACCGCUCAUUCAACCUAAUCCAGUUUUAGAAAAAUCAGGCAAAUUUGGGAUUUCAAGGCCUUCUGUAACUACUAGUGGUGGCACUAUGCCAAAGGCCACAAUAAAGAAGACAUUAUUACCCAGCUUUUCAAGUAACAAGCCCUCAGCACUUAGUUAUAGACUAACACGUCCCUCACUCACCAAACAUCUCCGCCCUACUGGUGCAAGGACUGUCCAGAAUGAAGCAGAGGUAAGUAAUGAGGACAAAGACUGUACAGAGACAGUGGAAAACGGUUCCGAAAUAAGCAUCGAAGCUAUAAGCGUUGGAUGUACCCCAGGCGAUACCCACUGUGAAACAAAUGAGGAACAGAGCAGUUUGGGUCGGCCUUUAGGGGUCUUAGAGGACAUGUCCUUAUCUUCCUCCUCCUCUCUGGAGCACAAUGACACUAGUGAGGAGUACAUGGAUGAUUUUGACAAUCUUGGUAACGGAGGGGAGAUCUUGCUGCUACCUGUCCACAAAGAGGGAUUAGAUGUCUCAGGACUGUGUGAUGAGGACAACGAUCUAAUCACUAAUUACACUGAGGAUUCAUCGCCGGCUAGCCUACACAGCUUCUUGUCUGAAACUGUUGAAUGGGCAGGGAUGGGCCUUACAGAUGGCUUUGAGCACAAGGCUUUGUCUCCUGUUGGUGAUUUUCCUCAUGGCUUUUCUCUGGACCUGUCACCCUCAGACAGCUCUGGUGGAACCUACAUGUGGGAUGAAGAGGGGCUGGAGGUGCUGGGAGGCUCUGGACAGCUGUGUGGGAGCUAUGACUCGGAUCCUAAUAGCACUGACAUUCUCAAUAACCUUGAGAAUGUGGAGUCAUGUGAUCUGGAGGAAGAUGACCUCAUGCUGGAUUUGGACCUGUCCGAAGAUGCAUCCUUACGUAGCGGUGAAAAACAAGUUCUUGACAUUCUUGUGGCAGACACUGAUGGGUUGUCACCAUAUGAAGGCUCUGAGAAAGUAGGCCAUCCAAACCAGAGGAGGAGACAACAUCAGCGCUGGACCAGACUUAAUCAGCUCAGCUGUGAAAGCAGAAGUGACAUUUUGCAGUCGUUUGACGGGUGUCAGGGAGAGGGCUUGGAGAGGUCGGGGUCGGACCAUGCGACGCUGGAUGAGUUGACGCUGACCCACAUGGCUCAGGACUGCUCCUCUGUCAAAGUACAGCUGCUUCAGUUAAAGACACUGCUUCAGAUGGAGGCAGACGGUUCAAUUGAAGAGAUUUUAGAGGUUCAUACUCCAGAAUCAACUGAUCAAUCUUUAUCUGAAGAAAAGGUAGCGCUGCUCCUGAUAGAGCUGCAGGAACUGAAAACUGAGCUCAGAAACAAGGAGAAGAUUAUCACUGAACUUUCACAGCAGGUGUCUUCUCCAGUGAAAUGUCAAUGCCGUCAGGAAUCAGAGAGUCACAGCAGGUCUGUCGAGCUCCAGGACAAGAGCACUCAAACCCCAUGGAAAUCACAUAAUCCUCAGAUACUACAAGCUCCCCGAUUCAUACCCAGCAAGCUCCACACCAAUGAAAGACAAUCAAGUUCAGCCCCUACAGAUGCCUGUUGUUACAAUAUGGAUGGCAAGCCUGGUCACCGCCCACUGAUCCCGCAGUCCGGUUCUAAAGAUCUACAGAGUCACGUUGCCGUCGAGUCUGUCCCAAAUUGUACCUUACCAGUAGAUGUUGUUCCCUCUACUAGCACUUCCGCUUUCUCCUCCAAAACAUUGCAGAACUCCAAAACACUAAGCGACCUUCAACCUCAACUUAGUAAGCCAGAAAGCCCAUUAGCUUCUGGUAACCUUAAGAGUGAUACCCAAAAAUGUCCCUUGGCAAAAAGCAGUCUUUCAACACCACCACCAUCCAACAGUAUCAAGAGAGCUCCAACACUCAUCAAGGCCCAAAAACAAGUGCAACAAGCCUGCAUGCUCCCUGGGGCCUUGGAUAGGCUGGGAAACGCAGGUCUUUCCAGGACGAAACAUCUACUUUUACCAGCUCGCGGACUGAAAUAUAUCAACCCAGCAGUGCAGGCUACCAUCCAAAUCCCCAUUACACCACCGAUAUAUAACCCACAAAACCAAGGGUUCAGACAGUCUCAAUCACACAGAGAGCCCAAAGCCCGUGCAUCCCUCCAGCCCAACCAUUCCCGUCUUCCUAAACCAAAGACCCAAUGACUGUCUCCCAGACAUUAACGCCCAACAAGGUCAAACAGUAACCUCUUUUUUUCCAUCUGCACUGCUUGUGUGAUUCUAGAUAAGCUAAGCACAGCUUAGGGCAUCUUACCAAAAUGAAAUCCAGAAAGGCUGCAUGCUUGUAAGGUAUCAGGCGGCUCUUCUGUCAGAUAUUAUGGUAUUUCUUCAAACAUGACUGAGCGUGGUCCUCUGCUCGAUCUGUUGGGCUCUCCAAAUAAAUAAUGUACACAAGGUCACACUCCAAGCAACCCACGUUAAUCUGAAAUUCUUCAAAUCAUUCACCCAGCUAAAAACUGUGUCUGUUGGCCGUGGCUGCAAGGUUUGCAUCAAUUUAUUAUAUGUUGAAUGUGUGAGUUUUGCAGAUGAAACGUUAAAGAAAAUAAUAAAUUGAUCUUUGUGUUGUACUGUCAUACAUCAGUACACAAUACAGA